UCGUUUAGAUACGUAUUUUAUUAUAGGAAAAUUAUCACAAUGAAGACAUUGCUGGUGCUGUUGGCAAUAUUAUCGUUAUCCUCAACAUCGCAUUUACAUGCCAAAAGGCGAAAUAUUCCGAACGAUUUGUCGUGGCUAUUUUCGUUGGAGGAAUCUGAUCAAUCGAAUGAUGAAAAUAACGACGUUGAAAAUGAAAUUAUUGAACAUAAGAAGGCGAAAGUAUGUGAAACGGAGGAGUGUCGUAUGAUAGCUCAGGCAUUCCACGAAACUAUGGACAAAUCUGUUGAUCCGUGUGACAACUUUUACGAAUUCGCUUGUGGCGGUUGGGCGGCGAAGAAGCCUAUUCCGAAGUAUGAAGCGUCAUGGAGCAGAUUUUUGCACUUUCAGUCGACAGUAGAAAACCGAAUUCGAGAUCUAUUGGAGGAGAAGUCAAGCAACAAAGAUAUUCUUCCCGUCCGACAGGCAAAGAAGUGGUAUCGUUCGUGCAUGGACACGGAGGCUCGCGAAGCGCGGGGUCUCAAGCCUAUCGAAUCAUUUAUCAUGCAGAAUGGUGGAUGGCCAAUGAUUAUGGAUGCCGAAGAGUGGCAUGAUGAUGAAAUGUCGUGGCAGGAAGUGGAAGCUUUCUACACACGUUUGACAGGGGAAUCCACAUUUUGGAAAAUAGAGCCGAUGUCCAUGCCAGAUGAGGAACCCGAUAGAGGGAUAAUAUUCUUCCGUCCGUCAUUGCCUUUCGAGGAGGACCUCCCUACGAUAUACAGAAACUAUACGGGUGAAGACUAUAAAGUUUAUCAACGUAUGAUCCAGGGUAUUGCUAAAUUGUUUAUUGAUCACACACGUGCUGAUGUUUCUGAAGAACAGUUGGAAGAGGAUAUCGAUGGAAUUAUCAAGCUGGAAAGAAUGAUUUACAUGGCAACGAACGGAGAAACUCUCUUUGACAUACUGGAUGAACUUGAAGAUGAUUUGGACGAGACUGAUCUCGAUACAUUCUUCGAGUGGUGGGGUAAUAAGACAAAGGCGAUUAAAGAUCCGCAGGCAAUUAUCGAUUGGAAGAAAGUUCUUCAAAAUCUAUUUGAUAUUGCUAAUGUGGAAGUUGAGGGCAGUUUCGCAAUGGCUGUGGCGUCUUCACGAUACUAUCGUGUACUUCCUAAAAUAUUACAAUCCACGGAUAAACGGACAAUUGUGAAUUAUAUCCACUGGAAAUUUGUGAGUCAAACUCUGAAGUACACAAUUGAUGAAGUAAAGGACUUAUUCUUUGAGCUCGUGAAGGACGAAUACGACGUGAAAGAGCGACAGCCACAUUGGCGGGAAUGCGUGAAGGAAGUGAAGAUGACCGACGCAGCUGCGUUAGUAUUCAUCGGGAAAUACAUCAAGGAGAGUUCCUACAAAGCCGUCCUCCGGAUGAUGAAAAAUAUUCAGAAAGAAUUGAAAUGCCAAAUCGAGAAUUCGAAUUGGAUAACUGAGGAGGGGAAGAAGAAAGCGAUGGAGAAGGUCGAUAAAAUGCAGACUUUCGUUGGAUUCCCAGAGUGGUACAAAAAUAAAACUGCUGUUAUCAAUCACUACAAAGGGCUAACUAUUGGCAAUGAAUAUCUGGAUAAUGUCUUGAGCUACAUGAGGUACGAGAAAAAGUUGGCGAUCCGCACAUUUGGAGGAUACAAAGGCAACGAGGCAUGGAUGAUGGACCCUCUAACGGUGAACGCAGCAUACGCCAUGGGUAUGAACAUUAUGGUUGUUCCAGCAGUUGAUUUCCAGCCUCCCCUCUUCGGGGACAAAGUGCCAAAUUACGUUAAUUAUGGCACCGCAGGAGUGGUUAUCGGUCACGAGAUGGGCCAUGGUUUGGAUUAUGCUGGGCUCGAUACAAAUGCCUCCAUUCACGAGAAUAUGGCGAAAUUUUAUUACCAACAAGCUAGAUGCUUCAUCGACCAGUUCGAUGAAUAUUACGGAGGACAAACCUUCCCACCUUCUCCAUAUGCUGAUAGCGACGAGAGUCCGGAGACGAGGGGAAAAGGCACCGUUCAAGAAAAUAUCGCUGAUACAACCGGCAUUCAAUCCGUAUUGCGUGCUUACAAGCACGUGCAGAAGAAUAGAAGACCUCAUGAAGAACUGAAACUUCCGGGAUUCGAGGAAUUUACCGAUGAGCAAAUGUUCUUCAUAUCUUUCGCUGGGUUGUGGUGUGAAGUAGCCACUCCAGAGUAUCAUAACAGAAAAGACAUAUUGAGGGACCCUCACAGCCCAGCGAAAUACCGAGUGUUGGGGUCAAUUUCCAAUACUCAGGAGUUCGAAAAAAUUUUCAACUGCCCGAAAGGGAGUCCCAUGAACCCUGAGGACAAGUGUAGUGUUUGGAUGAAACCUGAGGCCGCACCGAAAUCUAAACGUUCGAGACACUCAAGACGACACCAUUGGUCUGAGCAUAGAAACUGGUGAAUGACAUGACAUUUGUCCACAAUGAAACGGGAUUUAAUUAUUCCAAUGACUACCCACGGGAAAAAAUCUAUAUGCAAGUACGGGUGUGACCUAUGAGCUACACAGAAAAAUCUACACGUGAAUUACUUUUUGUUAAGUGUAAUUGACGGUUUUUGCUAAACGUAAUUUACGCUUAACAGCAAUAUGAUGUCUGGUGGCUUUUUUGCGUCGCCACAAGGGGAAUUUAGGCUUAAAAAGGCGUAUUUUACGGUUAAAAUGAAAACAUACAUUACGCCGAAACAAAGCGCCUUUUACGUUUCACUAAGCAUAUUUUACGCUUCAGAAAUCGUAAAUAACGAUUUCAAUAGAAACGUAUUUGACGAUUAUUUACUUUUGCGUAAUUUACGAGAAAAAAACAUCGUAUUUUACGCUUGACUAACUUUUUUUUCUUCAUCGUUAAUUACGUAUACCUAAACGUAAAACACAAAAAAAAUCAUAAUUAUUUAGGAAUAUGAAACCGUAAUCCGUUUAUGUAAUCGUAAUUUACGGUGAUAUUAACCGUAAUUUACGUACAGGUUUUUCUGUGUGUAAAUAGAUAUGUAUCACAUAUGAUAUAAUAACAUACGUCAUAGAAUACAGAGCAUGUUAUCUCAUAUGUUAAUGUAGAUAACGUUUAUUAGUUAACAUAUACUUUUGAAGCAGAACAUAUCAAUAUUGUAUCACGCUUUCUCGAUAUCAAUAACCAUUUUCCUGAAAUUGACCUCGUAA